AGUUAGGCGAUGUGUCAUCAACUUUGUUCUCAGAGCACCGACAGACCCACGUUUCCAUACGGCCAUUGAUUUGGUGCCCAAGCUCUCACUCAUACACUAUACAACUACCCAGUACCCACUACUAUGGUGAACGGAGUAUUUUAUUUCUUAUUCUCUUCAAGUCAUAACGGUUUGUUUCAGAAGCUUCAAUUUCCUUUCUCUCUUCCUAUUUCUGAAUUACUGUGUAUACUAAUCGGUAAUCACAUUCACUUUGCUGCUUAUUAACAAUCUGGAAUUUCUGAAAAAUCAUAUCCCUCCUCUCAUUCUAAGGUCUAUUGUAAUAUAUGGUUAUGGAUCAUCGGCUCAAAAGCUUGCCUAACUCCUCUAUGAACAGUUUCGAGUUGGAGAAUGAGAUCAUUUUCUCUACCUUUAAACCAUCACUGAACAUUCCAGACCGUUACAAGCAUGCCCUUUCGGUGGCACAACAUCCCAACCUGGGUACGCAUGAUCCUGCUUUGGAUUCUGAUUCCGUGCUGGACUACAUUAGCCAGAUGCUACUGGAAGAAGAGAGCAUUGAUGGGAACAAUCAGAACAUGUUCUGUGAUCCCAUUGCUCUUACAGCUGCUGAGAAUGCCUUUUAUGAAGCCUUGCAUGAGAACCCUUCCCCUCCCAUUAUUCCCAGCAUUCCUGGAAGCUCAUGCGGGAAUGGUUUUGAUCCAGGAGAACGCGAAUCAUGUGUGACGAAUGAGCCUACCCCCUAUCCCGCCAUCCAGUCAUCAUCCGAUGUGUCAAACGGUUCUGUAUAUAGCUUUGAUGAUAGUGAGUCCAUAUCUGACUUCAUGAGAGGUGUGGCAGAAGCUAGUAAAUCCCUUCAAGCUGCCCGUAAUCAGCGGGUCAUCGGUGAUUUGGAGAAAUAUGAGGAAUCACUGCGAGAUGUUGAUGUCACCAAGGUAGAGAAGGACCAUUCAGUGGAUUCGUACUGUAGAGGAAAGAAGCAUUAUUACCAUCCAGACGAAAGUGGGGUGGAACAAGAAAGGAGCAGCAAGCAGCGUGCACUUUUUAAGGAGGAAGUUGAGUUAUCAGAGGAUUUUGACAAUGUUUUGCUGUGUGGUGAAGAUGAUGAUGGUGAUGAUAAUGCUUCUCUAUCUCGAGUCGGACAAAAAGAACGAAGUGGUCUCCGCCAUCUAAAGAAACGGGGAGCUAAUUGUGAAACUGUGGAUCUGGUGUCUCUUUUAAUUAGCUGCGCACAAUCUGUUGCAGCUGCUGAUUAUAGGGAUGCAGAAGAUAAAUUAAAGAAGAUCAGGCAGCACUCUUCACCUACAGGUGACCCAAAUCAAAGAGUGGCUCAUGUAUUCGCUGAUAGUCUGGAGGUGCGGUUGGCUGGAACUGGGACAGAAGUAUAUAAAACAAUGUCUAAUAAUGAUAUCCUAGUCCCUGAGUUGCUAAAGUCCUACCUGUCACCUUUGCCAUUUAUGAGAAUGGCAGUUUUCUUUGCGAAUAAAAUGAUUUACGAAGUAGCGUCAAAAGGUGUCUCACUGCACAUUAUAGACUUUGGGAUUCAUUAUGGUAUCCAGUGGCCCACUCUUAUCCGUGACCUUUCUCAAAGACCUGAUGGCCCUCCUAAACUUCGAAUAACAGGAAUCGAGUUUCCCCAACCCGGUUUUCGUCCAGAGCAGAUGGUAGAAGAAACAGGUUCCCGCUUGGCAAAAUGUUGCCGGUGUUUCGGUGUGCCAUUCGAGUACAAUGCGAUAACAAGGCAGAAUUGGGAGACUAUUACAAUUGAGGAUUUAAAGCUUUCGAGUGAUGAGGUGGUUGCUGUUAACUGUUUUAUUCGUUUAGAGUACAUUUUGGAUGAGACAUUGGUUGUUACGAACAGUCCUAGGGAUGCGGUUUUAAACUUAAUCCGGCUAGUAAGUCCUCGUAUAUAUGUCCAAGCAAUGAGUAAUGGACCUCACAGCUCUCCUUUCUUUGUCAAUCGGUUUCGAGAAGCUCUCUUAUUCUACUCUACUGUCUUUGAUACGUGUGAGGCUAUUUUGCCACUCCAUGAGCAUCAUAGAUUGAUUUUAGAACAAGAAGUUCUAGGACGAGAAAUAAUGAACAUCAUUGCAUGUGAGGGCAUGGAAAGAUUGUUGAGGCCUGAAACAUGUAAGCAGUGGCAAUCUCGCAUUUUGAGGGCAGGCUUCAAACCCAUGUCAGCAAACCCCCAACUCGUGAAAAAGUUAAAAUGCAAGGUGAGGGCAGGAUAUCACAAAGACUUUCUGUUUGCGGAAGAGGGCAACUGGAUAUUGCAGGGGUGGAAAGGUCGAAUUCUUGGCGGCAGCUCUUGCUGGGUUGCUGCGUGACAUGCUAACAACGUCUGGUAGUAAGUACUUGUUGGGAUAUUGAUCCAGGGGCCCAAUACCCGGAUCAGGAAGGUCCAAGAUACCCGGCCCAAGCAACGGGCCCAUCACAUGAUGAUAGGAUAAUCAUGGUAGAAUUAACGCCGAACGAGAAUCGGCCCAAGUAAGGGUUGGCCCAGUAAGGAGACAUACCGAACGGAGUUCGGACUAUAUAUCAUACUUGGGCCAAUUUGACAGCAUCUUCAGCAUAGCCCAACAUCCCGUUCGGGCAACGGCCAAACCGCAAGUGGCCAGGUGCAAUUAAUGCCAGACUGUGACAUCAGCAAGUGGAAGCAUGGAUGACCAAGUCGGUGGAACAACGGCCAAUCAGCAUAGGGCAGCCCAUGCUCUCCAUUAGUAUAAAUAGAAGGUUUCAAGUCAUUGUAAGGGUUAACAUUUCAAUACUCAGGCUCUAGAAUAGCAUCAUUGCUCUUAUUUCUUGUAUUAAAGCAUAGUUUCCGAUCUACCGAUCGGGAAAUUCCUUGUAAUCAGACUGGUUAAUUAAUACAAGUGAGCUUUCGAGUGUUAGUUAGUUCAGGUCUUAUAUUUUUUACACGCUUUGAUUCUGUGACAUUCCUGAUAUAUCCAAAGUUCGUGUUGGGCUUUCGGAUCUACGGUAUUUACCCUCAACAUUGGCGCCGUCUGUGGGAAACUUGCAAAAAGUUUCAAAUUCAAAUCAUCCAAAAACCUCUAUUUUCAAAAAUGGUCAGAAUCAGUUCCUAUCAUACAAGCGACGGUUCACGCCGUCACGGGAGGAGCCACACCCCGGGGAGUCAAAACCCUCAGGGACAAUCCAGUCGAGGAUCGUAUCCUCGUUUUGAUGGGGAUUUUGUGAUUCCCGAAUCUCUGAGAAGAAAUCCUCAGGCCAUGCGUGACAUGGCCCAGGUCAUGCAGCAUAUGGGGAACGAAGAGGAAGGAGGUUCCAGCUUUACAGGGGAGACUCCACGCACGGAAACAACCACAACGUCAUCCCGUUCGCACGCCCAUCGGGAUAAUCGACGUAGCGCCCCACCAACAGCGCACCACAGUCCCAGUGACUGAACCCCGAUCGGGUCACAAGCUAGAGGACCAACUCCCGUUGGUCAUCAUUUCCAGUAUGCCGAGCGGGAAAAUACUAGGGUCCCUAAACGGCAAUGGGACCGGGACUGUACGGAUAUGAGGGCUCCACCACCGCCCCCUCUGACGGCCCAGGAGGAAGAAAUGGCCGAGAUGAGGAGGCAGAUGAAUUAAAUGCGAGACCAGAUGAACAGGGCGCCUGUACAACCUGCCCCAGUUCAGUUGGGAAUUACUUCCCCGUUUACUAGGGAACUCAUGUACGCAGAUAUCCAAGGGGGUGCCAAGCCCCCGACCGGCCAAAUCUAUGACGGGGUGGGAGAUCCCCACGUGCAUUUGAGGAGUUACCAAGGGAGACUCAUGCUGCUAGGCGCACCCGAGGCCGCCAUUUGCCGGUUGUUUUUUAGCACGCUCAGGGGGCCUGCCUAGGAGUGGUUCGGGACACUGCAGCCCGGGUCAAUCAACAGCUUUGCCGAGUUAUCGGCGUUAUUCUUGGCCCAGUUUGCUUCCAGUGCCAAUCCCAAACGGCAUUUCAGCUAUUUGACCAGCGUGAAGCAAAACGCCAAAGAGACCCUCAAUUAAUUUCUGAAAAGAUGGAUGGAUGAAACUUUAACGGUGGGAAACAUGACGGAUGAUACCGUCAUUACCCUAUUCACGAAUGCUCUCCGAACGGGGGAGUUGUACAAAGAGUUGAAGAAAAAUCCGGGUACGGUGUACGCCGAGGUAUUAGAUAGGGAUCGCAAGCAUGCCGCCCUAGAAGAAGAGAUAAGAAGCUAAAUUAUGAGAAUAAAGGAUGAUCGGGUUAAAACCCUACUACACUUACCAAUUCCGGCAGAUAACAUGCUUGAAGUAGUGACAAAACUCCUGAGGCUACGGGUUCCUCCCAUCCGCAAGGACUCCGCUUGGGAGCGUAGAACGGCGUCCACCCUGGGCUGAGAAUCCCGAACGGGAUAGGCGUUCCACCUAUCCGGAAAUGGCAAAGAAUCGCCUACCCGAACAAACAAGAAACGCUCCUCCCAGUCAGCCGGCGGAGUGAUAUUCUCUGUGAAUAAUUGACGAUCAGAACGAGCUACCAGCUUCAGGUACCCAGUCGUCCAGUAAGGCUGAUAGCAGUAAUGGUGAAGGAACAGGUCGACGCAUGGAGUGAUCCUCAACUCAUGGCAUCGAAUGAUGAAGCCUGUCAGAAUGCGGUAAGUGCUGGGCACGAACUGAGCGGGCAGUACAGCAACCCGGCGUAAGAACUCCACAAUGAAUGAAUGGAGAGGGAAUCGAAGCCCAGCAGUCAGAGCGUCGAGGUGCACUAGCAUGUGCCCCGGUCGGUGCCUCAUCGGGUGCCGAAUGAAUCCAGCCUAGUAUUCCCUUGGUGGGGGCAAUAACUGGCUAAGUUGUCGUUCGACAUCUUCUGGAAGACGUUGUCUUUGUUUGCGUAUGCGAGUGAAGUGUAGGGGAAUGCGGGGUGGCCGCUCGGACAUCAUCACCUGACAGACAUCCAUCAUCUUGUGGCUGUUCGGUGUGUUUGCCGGCCUGAGGAUUGGCGGGUUUGGGUGUUUGGGAAGAAGAGCCUUCGGCCUUGUUACCAGCGGGUGUCUUGCUUGUGCGAAUCAAAGGCAUCUCUUCAGAUUCUGAGCUAGAGGGGUAAUACAUAAAAACACUAGAGAAAAUUCUGGGAAUUCUAGAGAGAGAAGGCUUGAAAGUACGCAAGAGAAUUCUGGGAAUUCUAGAGAGAGAAAGCUCGAAAGAAAAGUGAGGAAACAGCAGGAGAAAUUAGGGGAAGCACCUCUCUAUAAAUAGGGAAAGUGCCGCACAAAUCCCUAAUCCAUGAGCAACAUGUGGCAUUGGGUGGUUACGAUUAAUCUGGGGCAUUUAUGAUUCAUUUUUGUGCACGAACCCCGAACGGGCUUACAGAGGAACAGUAAAAACUGGGAAAUGGCUAAAAUCUAUUUAGAUCAUCGAUUACCGAAUGACGAACGGGCUUGCAGAGGAUUAGCAAAGAUCACAGGGACUUGCUGUUUAGAAUAACCGAGAAAACGGCUAAGUCCUAAAAAUGGACCUGAAGCCCGACCGGCUAUCAACGUCGUAAAAGGUUAUCUGAAAUCAAACGGCUAAGUCCUAACAAAUGACCUGAAGCCUGACCGGAUAUCAACGUCGUAAAAGGUUAUCUGAAAUCAAACGGCCAAGUCCUAAAAAUUGUUCCGAAGCCCGGACGACUACCAACUUACGAAAAAGCCCAGGUGCGAAGAAAACCAAGAAAACAGCUGUCCUAAGAAUUGAUCUGAAGCUCGACCGGCUAUCAACGUUGUAAAAGAUUAUCUGAAACCAGAAUGUGUUAAGUCCUAAAAAGUUAUCUGAAGCCCGAACGGCUGAGUUCCAGAGAGGGGGUUUUUUCCUUAACAAAUUAUCAGAACCUUCCAAUGCCCGAACGGCGAUCAACGGCAUUAGGAAUAUUUAAGCAAGAAAUAAAGUCAGAAAAUUGGUUAAGUCCUACAAAACGGGCCGAACCCCGAAUGGUGAGUAAAUCAUGCAAAAAAGGCGGAAAAGACAAUACACAAAGCUUCAUGCAAAAAAGGGAUAUAUAUUCAUCGGUUCUACUGACCGGGAAGUACAAGCUACUUGAAGAAAAGAAAAUUACAACGAAUAAUUAAAAAGUACAUAUAGAUUAUUGGCCAGGGGCCAUUUCCUCUCCCUCUUCGUUCUCGUCCUCAUCGUCAUCAGACGGGGGUUCAGGCUCUUUCCCAGCAGCCCGAUCAGCUUCCCGUUAAUGAGCUCGCAGAAAUUUUUCGAAUUGAGCCUGUAUAAUGUCAUCCUUGGGAAGAUCAGAAGCCUGAACCGGCCUCCCCAGAUUAUUUUGAAGCUAAGCAACGAAGGGACGCAGCAGGACCUGGUCGAUUUUGCCAUAAAGAUCUGUAACAAUGGAGUCGUUCCAUUUUUUGGCCUCGGGAUCCUUGUCCAAGAGAGCCACCUCUGCCGAUAGCCGACCAGCACCUUUGGGGAAACCCUUCAAGUACGCCCAAAGGCGAACGAGAUUUGGGUCCUUGCGUGAUCAUCCUUGAUGAUGGAGAAUUCAUCAGAGGAUUUAAAUGUUUCCCGGACGGCGGACAGAUCCACAUUCACUUCAUAGGGACCGUCCGGGAUACUGGAGGGCAUUUCCUCAAACUUGACCUGUGCGGCCUCAGCGGCAAGGACCUUUGCCUGGGAAGCUGCAAGUUGGACCCGAAGGGUACCGAGCUCAGCAUCCAGCCUCUGUUUCUCCUCCGCAAAGGCCUUCUGUUCGGCCUCCAGAGAGGUGAUGGCGGCGGCAGCAUUUUGCUCAGCAGAAGAUUGAGCAACAAUCAGUUCUCGUUCCUUGGCCAGACGGGCUUCCCGCAUUUGAAGGGUGUACAAACCCAUCUACAGAGCACCGUUCGAGACUUAGUACUGAUUACAGAGAAUAAAAUAAAAACAGAGCGCAAAAAAUAAUGUACCUUCAGAGCGGUCAAGGCCAGGCAUUCUUCAGAUUGCUCGACCGGCAACUGAGGAAGGGAAAAAUUGUUGAACCAAGAGGAGGUCGGCCAGAUUUGGCUCGCGGUAGAACCAACCCUUUCUAAUACCUCGUGGACAGGAUCAGAUAAGGAGAUCCGCUUGACCUGACCAGUAAUAUGGUCGGUGUGGGUCUCACCUGCAUUCGAGGGUUCCCCCUGAAUGGAGUCAAAGUGCUGGGAGAACUGAUGUAGUUGGUCAGAGCCGAACCGAUCGUCGACCAGCAUAGCAUCGAAUUGGUCCUGAUGGACCUGCUGUAUUGGCUGUGGCUCUGGAAGCGGUUGAAAAGAGGCAGCAUCCUGAGCAGGAACAAUGGAGGGAGUAGGUUGGGGGUUCUUCCUGGAUUUUUUCCGUUUACCGGCCCCACCGGCUGCAAUAACUCUGCUAUCAUCCAUAGGUAGAUCUGGGUUUGGUGCUGAAAAAAAAAGACAAAGGGCAAUGUUAGUAUCGAGCGGCCUUAGCGUGUGAGAAACUAGAAAAAAGAACAAAAGAACGUUUCUCGCACGGGAAGGACCACCCAGACCAUGGCACUUGGUUUCUCAAAACAAGUAAACCCAAGAGAACGGGCAGUACCUAUACCGGCUGUAACAAGUCGUUCGGGAGUCAGAUAACUCAUGAUGUCCAUGUAUUUAUCCUUCUCCACAGCAAGCACGUCCUUGUAAAUUUCUUCAGUAAGGACAGGAUCAGGAGUCUUGCGGGGGAAGGCAUUCCAUUUGCGGGGAAUUAGGCCGUCCAGGACAGACACGAAGAAAAACCGGUCUUUCCACCCUUUGAUUGAAGUUGGGUUUCCCUUGAACAGGAUGUGUCCCGUUCGGGCACUAGUGGCCAGAUAGCCGUGGGUUUGUUGGAGGGCUACCUUGAAAAAUUGGUGGAAGAGUUCUAGGGUUUGUCGGGCGCCAGCAUCUUUACAACGGCAAAUAAAACCCGCCAUUGCCCGAUAGGAGUUCGACAUAAUUUGGGCCGGUACAACUUCGUAGAAAUUGAAGAAUGAAAUGUAAAAGGGGUGUAGCGGAAACCUAAGGCCGGCCCUAAUUGAGUCAAAAUGAACUAUGGUCAUUCCGGGCCUAUGACGCAUUGGGUGAAGCCCAGCUUGCAAACGGAAAUCCACCGGGUCAGGGAUAAGGGCCGGAAUUUCGGCCCUAUUAUGGGAGGUCAGUUUUUGCCGCCUCUCCCUAAUCAAUUUUAGGUCAAGGGUAUGGCGAGGAAAAUCGUUGGGACGUCCGGCCGCCAUGGAGGCUAUUUCGUCCUCGGAUUUGGUGUCGUCGGAAUCUUCACUGGAGGAAGAAGAAGUGCUAGGAAGGUCCUCCGCCUCAGCCCUGGUAUUCGUCGCCGUUUCAGUAGAACCACCGGCAAACGGGACUGUGAUGACGUCCACAAUAGCGGCAUCACGGUCAUCUCCAUGGGAGGCCAUCUCCGAAUCAGAGGAAUGUUGUUUGGGGCUCAUCUCGGUCGAGCCAGAAAUGAAGAUAAGGAAUCCGGAUUUGAGAAGUUACCUGAGCGAUGGAAGCUGGGAGAAGAUUGCAAGGGAAUCAACAAGGCGCAGAGAAUUGCAGAAUCGAAACCCGGAAUUGAGAAGUUAAAGGCUAAUUUAUAGCCUUGAAACCGCCGUGUCAAGAACCAAUCAGGGAGCGACACGUCACUAGGAGCAUUUAAGCUAAAACACGUGUCUAGUGAAAAGACUAAACGACGGUUACCAUGAUGAAUAUGGGGAAAUGAAGCGGCAGCCGUCAAAUCACAGCAUGGGGAACUGAUUACUUCUGUACCCCGAUCGCCAUUCGGGGUAUUACAACAUUGAUAUUCAUACUUCCUAAUGCACUCACUAUCGUUCGAGACAUCGGAAGUGGGGGACUUGUGUUGGGAUAUUGAUCCAGGGGUCCAAUACCCGGAUCAGGAAGGCCCAAGAUACCCGGCCCAAGCAACGGGCCCAUCACAUGAUGAUAGGAUAAUCAUGGUAGAAUUAACGCCGAACGAGAAUCGGCCCAAGUAAGGGUUGGCCCAGUAAGGAGACAUACCGAACGGAGUUCGGACUAUAUAUCAUACUUGGGCCAAUUUGACAGCAUCUUCAGCAUAGCCCAACAUCCCGUUCGGGCAACGGCCAAACCGCAAGUGGCCAGGUGCAAUUAAUGCCAGACUGUGACAUCAGCAAGUGGAAGCAUGGAUGACCAAGUCAGUGGAACAACGGCCAAUCAGCAUAGGGCAGCCCAUGCUCUCCAUUAGUAUAAAUAGAAGGUUUCAAGUCAUUGUAAGGGUUAUCAUUUCAAUACUCAGGCUCUAGAAUAGUAUCAUUGCUCUUAUUUCUUGUAUUAAAGCAUAGUUUCCGAUCUACCGAUCGGGAAAUUCCUUGUAAUCAGACUGGUUAAUUAAUACAAGUGAGCUUUCGAG